UGUCAACCCAGCCGGUAUACCCUCGCCUUAUACCAUAAUACCUGUCAACCCAGCAGGUAUACCCUUGCCUUAUACCAUAAUACUGUCAACCCAGCCGGUAUACCCUUGCCUUAUACCAUAAUACUGUCAACCCAGCCGGUAUAUUCUGAAAGGCAUAUUCUUGCCAUAUACAUUUGCUAUAUACUGAACAAUUUCAGUCAUUAA